GCGGCGGAGGCGGCGGCCGGGCUGGCGGGCGCCGAGGGGCCGUGCCUGGCCGAGGCGGAGGGGUGGCCGCACGCCCCGGUCCCGCCGGCCGCGGCCUUCGGCGCCGUCGCCGCGGCGUCCUACCGCGGCCCCGGCAACAACGACACGCGGGCCAACAGGGCGCUGCCCAUCUUGCUGUGGUGGAGCGGCAGCCUCUUCCCGCACUUCCCCGGCGACACGGAGCGCAUCGACUGCCCGCGCGGCUCCUGCCUGGUCACCCGGAGCCGGCGGGUGGCGCGGCACCGCCGCACCAAGGCCCUCAUCUUCUACGGCACCGACUUCAGGGCCUACGAGGCGCCGCUGCCCCGCCUGCCCCACCAGACCUGGGCUCUCUUCCACGAGGAGUCCCCCAUGAACAACUACGUCCUCUCGCACUCGCCCGGCAUCCGCCUCUUCAACUACACGGCCACCUUCCGCCGCGAGUCCGACUACCCACUCACGCUGCAGUGGCUGCCCAGUGCUGGGUACCUGCGGCGCCCGGCCGUGCCCCUGGCCGAGAAGGACGCGUGGCGGCGGCAGGGUUAUGCCCCCGUGCUGUACAUGCAGUCCCACUGCGACGUGCCCUCAGACCGGGAUCGAUACGUGCGGGAGCUCAUGAAAUACAUCCAGGUUGACUCCUAUGGGAAAUGCCUGCAUAACCGUGAGCUUCCCAGUGAGCGACUGAAAGACACUUCUACAGCCACUACAGAAGAUUCUGAAUUUAUGACCUUUAUUGGCAGGUACAAGUUUCACCUGGCCUUGGAAAAUGCCAUUUGUAAUGACUACAUGACUGAGAAACUAUGGCGUCCAAUGCAUUUGGGUGCUGUCCCUGUAUACCGAGGCUCCCCAGCUGUGCAGGAUUGGAUGCCAAACAACCUCUCCAUCAUACUCAUAGAUGAUUUCAACAGCCCCCAAGAGCUAGCAAAGUAUCUAGAUUUCCUGGACAAGAAUGGAGAGGAAUAUAUGAAAUACCUAGAGUAUAAAAAACCUGGUGGAAUAAAAAACCAGUUCUUGCUAGAGAGUUUGGAGAGGCGAGAGUGGGGUGUAAAUGAUAUGACUCUGCCCAAUUACCUGAAUGGCUUCGAGUGUUUCGUCUGUGACAGGGAGAAUAUCCGAGUCAAAGAGGAGCAGGAACACAAAAGGUCUCAUGGGAAAUUUCCAGCUCCCAGACCUCGAAUUGCUCAGUUCAAGCAUAUGGGAUGUCCUGUGCCAACCCCUGGGUUUGGAAGUGUUGAAGGUCUCUCUGGAGGAGACAGUUGGAAAGAGAUGUGGCUGCAGGAUUAUUGGCAAAGUCUUGAUCAGGGUGAGGCUCUCACUGCUAUGAUUCAUCGCAAUGAGUCUCAUCAGGGAAGAUUUUGGGAUUAUAUGCACGAGAUCUUUCUCAAGCGAACCAGGCAACACUGACCCAUCUUUGGAAGACUUUGACUUGAAAAUUUUAUUGGAAGUUGUGAGAGUGGGAAUUCUUACCUCACUCCAAAUAUUUGCCUUAAAAUAGGGGAAAAAAAAUAUUUCGGAGACUAUUUUUCUGGUGAAUGAAGUGAAUAAUUCUCUGUUGUGAUUGGAUAUCAGCUGUGGAGAUGUUAUCCACUGUUUUGAUUUGAAUUUCAGCUCAGCAGUGUGAAGCUACUACUGAACUGGAAAUGUCAAUGUCUGGGGCAAAAGAAGAAUUUACUCUUCUUGUGCAUUUGGUAUGUGUUUCCCUGUGGCUUACGUGACUUCAGAUGAACAUAUUUUCAGACUCUGCUCAAAUAGCCUAGAUUAUUUCACUGCAGGGUUUUUUUUAUUUCUAAAAUAUACAUUGCUGUUUUUAUAAAUAUUUUACCAAUCACUUAUUCUCCUCAUGAAAAUAUAUUUUUCGCUGCUAAUAACAAAUAACUUUUUCAGUGAAGGAAUUGCAGAAGACUAAUGUCUGUGGAGAGCAGUUGUGCCUUAUGAAAUACCAGCAAUAAAAUCUAUUCUCUCCAAAUAAA